GCGGCGCGGUGUGUGUGCCCCUAGCGGCUCUCCCUAGCUUUUCUGGAAAGAAAAUAACACUAGAUGCUCCAAUGGCCACAGUACACUCUUUUGCCUUCUCCUCCUCUUCUUCUCCUACAUAUCUUGCAAUCCACACUCUCUUCUGACAAUUUUGUUCAAACCCUACAUAUUAAACUAUCCAUUUAAUGGAAUCCCUUCACAUCAGUAUCUUUGCUGUUCUUUCUUGGAUCCCUUUAGCGUUCUUACCGUAAACAGAGCCGCCUCUCAGCUCCCAAAUUGAUGCAGAAAAUCGUUCUAUUCUGAUAUUGAAGAAGAAGAAGAAGAAGGAGAGAAGUAUUUGUUUUUAGCCAUGGAAGAGAGGCAUGUGCUGUUUGAAAAGUAUGAGAUGGGGCGGCUUUUGGGGAAGGGGACUUUUGCGAAGGUCUACUAUGGCAAAAACAUGGCAACUGGAGAAAGCGUAGCCAUCAAAGUAAUGAAUAAGGAUCAAGUGAAAAAGGAAGGGACGAUGGAGCAGAUCAAGAGGGAAAUCUCUGUUAUGCGAUUAGUUCGACACCCAAAUAUAGUGGAGCUCAAAGAAGUGUUGGCUACAAAAACCAAGAUAUUCUUCGUUAUGGAGUACGUCCGUGGUGGCGAGCUCUUCGCUAAGGUCGCUAAAGGAAAGCUCAAAGAAGAUGUUGCUCGCAAGUACUUUCAACAGCUAAUCAGCGCAAUCGAUUUCUGCCAUAGCAGAGGCGUUUCUCAUCGAGACUUGAAGCCGGAGAAUCUGUUAUUAGAUGAAAAUGGAGACCUCAAAAUCUCUGAUUUUGGGCUAUCAACCUUGCCGGAACACUUGCGCAACGACGGUCUCCUUCAUACGCAGUGUGGGACUCCAGCUUAUGUGGCGCCUGAGGUUCUGAGAAAGAAGGGAUACGAAGGAUCAAAAGCAGAUAUAUGGUCUUGUGGGGUAAUCCUUUACGUUCUUCUUGCUGGGUUCUUGCCAUUUCAAGAUGAGAAUGUCAUGAAAAUGUACAGAAAAGUUUUCAAAGCAGAAUUUGAGUGUCCACCGUGGUUUUCCAUAGAAGCUAAGCGCUUGAUUUCCAGACUUCUAGUUGCUGACCCAGAAAGAAGAAUCACAAUACCAGCAAUAAUGCGAGUUCCCUGGUUCCGAAAGGAAUUUACAAGACCACUAGCCUUUUCAGUACAAGAAAUAUCAAACCCAGAAAAAACAGAGGAGGAAGAAGACGAAUCUUUAUCUGCAGUGAUGACUAAAGUUUCCUCCCCAAAAUUCUUCAACGCUUUUGAGUUCAUUUCCUCAAUGUCUUCUGGGUUUGAUCUGUCGAGUCUUUUCGAAAACAAGAGGAAAACAGGGUCUAUGUUCACCUCCAAAUUCUCUGCGAGUGCAAUCAUGAACAAGAUUGAAGGCGUUGCAAAAGGGUUGAAUUUUAAGGUAGCGAAGGUAAAAGACUUUAAAAUGAGAUUGCAAGGCCAGUCGGAAGGAAGGAAAGGCCGGCUUUCAGUCACCGCCGAGGUGUUCGAGGUAGCUCCGGAGGUCGCUGUCGUGGAAUUCUCCAAAUCGGGCGGCGAUACUCUGGAGUAUGCCAAGUUUUGUGAAGAAGAUGUUAGGCCUGCAUUGAAAGACAUUGUCUGGACAUGGCAAGGCGACACCGUUUGCAACGGAAACGACGGUGGAGAAUGUGAAAAUCAAACCUCAUUAUAGAAAAGCUAAUCCUAAUCCUAUUUAUAAUUAAAAUUAGGCUUUUUUUUUUGUUAACUUUUUUUUGUCACUCUGGCUUUUUUCUUCUCAUGUGGAGAUAAGCUUUUGGUUUUUGAUUGACCUGUACAUAAGCUGUGAUUAGCAAGUUAAAUCAUGGAUUUGGAUACAAAUACAAGCAUAAAUCUUGUUUAUAUAAU